AAUUAAUUUAAAUUUAAAUUUUGGCCUUUGUACUUUGUAGUGACCUUUUUUUUUUUGUUUAUGAAGAGUUUUAAAUAUGUACUGCAUUAUUAUUUAUUAAUGUUUAAUAUGCUUAAGCUCUUAUGUAUUAUUCUUGUUUAAUCAGUAUUGAAAAGAAAAUUAUUUGACAUUAAACCAUUUAUAAUCUUAGUUAAAUAUAAAGUUAAUAUUCAAAUUGUAAAAUAAAAAAAUAUUGAUUAUUUAAAAUAAUUAAAUAUUUUUAUUUAAUAUAAAAUAUAAUUAUCAACAUGAUGACUUUUAGAACAGGAAAUGUAUGUUAACUAAUAAUAAUAUAUUCAAUAUUUGAUUUAGAAAACAUUUAUAAUAUGAUUUUAAUACGAACAUCUUUAUGCAUUAGAGUUAUAUAAAAACUACUAUACGACAUAUAUCAACGUCUUCAAUUCUUAAAGACGUUUUCAUUGUAAGUGCCGCGAGAACUCCAAUUGGCUCUUUUGGUGGAUCAUUAAAGAGUCUAUCUGCUACUAAGUUGGGAGCUAUAGCUAUUCAAGUAAUUUUAUUUUUAUUCAAUCUUAAAUGUUCAUGUUUUAUAUUUUAAAUCAAUUUCUUAUGUUGAGAAUUAUUUUAUUUUAAUUUUAAUUAGAAUAAAUUUUCAAUAAGUUAAAAACUAAAUUAAACUUUUACAAUGAAAAACAAAUUAACAAUUAUAUUAUUAUAAAUGUAGACAUUUAAAAAUGCAUGAAUAAUAUUUAAAUUUAUGUUAAUUUUAAUGAUGCUCUGAUAUGCAAUUUACAUUAUGUUCUGCACAAAUAUACUAUUUAUAUAUUUUUUAUUUUUAUUUAAUAUUUGAAUUAAUCUAGCUACGAUUAUUGAAAAUAAAUUCAAAAUUAAAUUAUAAAUAUAUUUUAAGUUUAUUAAUACUUAGUUAUAAAAUGAGAAAAUUGUAAAUUUUAUUGGUGUUUUAUAAUUGUAUUCUCCCAUUCAAUGUGUUGUCAAUUAUUUUUCUAAGAAUUUAUAUCACCCAGUAAAUUAAUUAAUGUAGGUAAAUACAAAAAUAACUAUAUGGCUUAGUAAAUUAUAAUAUUUAUUACAUUUAAAACAAAAAUAAGUGGUCAUAGAUGGCGUCUCCACCUUAUUUCAUAUUAAAAUAAUAGGUAAAGCAGGAACAUUUUCUGUACCAAUGCUAAUUAAAUAAUUAACAAAGUUUUGCAUAUAUUAUAAAUGAUUUAUUCUAAUUUAAAAACAGAGUGCAGUUGAGCGAUCUGGUAUUUCUAAGGAUGAAAUACAAGAAGUUUUUAUGGGAAAUGUAUGUCAAGGUGGUGUUGGACAAGCGCCAGCCAGGCAAGCAACAUUAUUUGCUGGUAUGUUUGUAUAGUAAUUAUCUUAAAAUAUUUAAAUAUAAACAUUAUAUUUCUUCUUAGGAUUACCUAAGUCAACUAUAUGUACUACCAUAAAUAAAGUUUGUGCUUCCGGAAUGAAGUCCAUUAUGUUAGCUUCUCAAAGUUUAAUAUGCGACCACCAACAAAUAGUCAUUGCUGGGGGCAUGGAGUCAAUGUCUAAUGUACCAUUUUAUUUAGCUAGAGGAGAUACAAAAUAUGGUGGUGUGAAUUUAUCUGUUCGUUUUUAAUAAGUAUUAUACAUUUAUAUAAAACAGUAUAUGUAUAUUUAUAUGUUAAUGUAUAUAAUAGAAUUAUACACAAAUGGGUUUUAGUAUGAAAUAAAUGUAUAUAUUUUUUUUAAAUAUAAUUUUGUUAGUACAGUUGCAAUGGGUAAUAUACCAAGUCCUUUGAGACUUACUGCUGCCAAUUUGUCUGUAUAUUUAUAUAAAUAUAUAUGCAUAUUUAAAUAUAUAAUAUGUAUUUUAAAUUCAUUUAACUACAAUAAACCCAUUUUUUGUUAGGAUGGUAUUGUUUUUGAUGGUUUAACUGAUGUUUACAAUAAAAUCCAUAUGGGUAGUUGUGCUGAAAAUACAGCUAAACAGUGUGGUAUUAGUAGAAAAGACCAAGAUGAUUUUGCCAUAAGUAGUUAUAAAAAAAGUGCUGAAGCAUGGAAACAAGGAAUUUUCGCUCAAGAAAUUGUUCCAGUUAGUGUUCCACAAAAAAAAGGUAUUACCAUUUAUUAAAUCAAUUAAUGAAUUGUAUUAUUUGUAUCAUGUAAAUCUAUCUUCAUAUACAACCAAGUUCAAUAACAAUUUAAAUAUGAAUACUUUAUAGGUAAACCAGAUGUUAUUGUAUUAGAAGACGAAGAAUUCAAAAGAAUAGAUUUUGAAAAGUUUACAAAAUUGAAUACAGUUUUUCAAGUAAAUAUACAUUUAUUUUUAAUAUUUGUAUACAUCAAUAUAUAUUUUAUUUUAGAAAGAAAAUGGAACAGUUACUGCUGGAAAUGCAUCAACGAUAAAUGACGGUGCUGCAGCUUUGGUAUUAACUAAUGAAAAUGUUGUUAAAGAACUAAAUUUGAAGCCUUUGGCUAGAGUUGUUGCAUUUCAAGAUGGUGCAACUGACCCUAUUGAUUUUCCAAUUGCUCCAGCAUUUGCCAUACCUAAAGUAUUUAUGGUUAUUAAAUUAAUAUAUUUUAACCAAUUAUAUUAUUAUAAAAUUAAAUUCUAGUUAUUAAGCAAAAGUGGUGUGUCCAAAGACGAAAUUGCAUUAUGGGAAAUAAAUGAAGCUUUCAGUGUAGUUGUUUUAGCUAAUAUUAUGAAAUUAGAUCUUGAUCCGUCAAAAAUCAAUGUGCACGGUGGUGCUGUUAGCUUAGGACAUCCUAUUGGGUAAAUAUGCAUUAUUUAAUAUUCUCAUAAUAUAAGAUGUCACAUAGAGGUUUAUUAUACUAUUAUAAUGAAAUAGGAAGAAAUUAAAUAUAAUUUCACACUUUAUAAUAGUGAGUAUUAAAAAAGACAUUUAUGUAUCUAAUGAAAACUAUUUGUUCCUUUUUUAGCAUGUCUGGUGCUAGGAUUGUUGUUCACUUAGCUCAUGCAUUAAAACCAGGACAAAAAGGAGUAGCUUCUAUUUGCAACGGUGGUGGUGGAGCUUCUUCUAUUCUUAUUGAGCGUUUAUAAUGUAUUAGAACUUCAAUUCAACUUUUAUUUCAAUAAUUAUCAACAUUUCUACUUUAAAUUAAUUUAAUUGCAAUUUUAAACAAACUCAUAUUUAUUUACAAAUAUUAACCAUUUUAAUAAUUUUGUUUUUACUUAUUAUUUUCCUAAUUUU